AUGUUAGAAUCUAAUUCAUCAAAGCAUAGUAAAGUAUUAAGAAGAGUAUUGAUACCAAUUGAUGGAAGUAAUGAAUCGAAGAAAAGUUUAAUUUGGUAUACUGAUAAUAUGAAACGUGAUGGUGACUUACUUAUGUUUGUUCAUGUUAUUGAUCCAGUACUUCCAUCAGCAUUAUCUGCAUUAUCAGCUGAAUGUGAAUUAAUGCCAGCUGGAGCAUCAUUUUAUAUACCUGAAAGUGAAAUGUAUAAAGCUAAAUCUAUGUGUCAACAAUUAGUAUAUGAAGCAAAUAAAUUUCGAAUAAAAUCUGAAGCAUUAAUUCAAGUUGAUACAAAACCUGGUCCAGCUAUAGUGAAAUUGAUAUCAGAGAAGAAGAUUGAUAUUGUUGUUAUGUCUUCAAGAGGUUUAGGAUUUUGGCGACGUAAUUUUAUUGGUAGUGUCAGUUCAUAUAUACUACAUCAUUCAAAUAUUCCUGUAUCAAUUGUACCAUUAUCUGGUAAUCAGUCAUAA